UAAGAAAAGGCGGGAUCUGUUUUUAGUGGCGUUGGUAUUACAGCCGGUUUUACUUCUCACGUUUUGGUUUAACCGUCUUUCUAAUAUAUUUUUGUUGCUGCGCGCAUAGCAGUGUAGUUUGGAUUGUGCUCUAUACAUACAUAUUUACAAAAUGACAGCUACGCCAGGGCAAUUCGAUUUUUUAUCAACUGCUGGAAAUAUGCUGGAGUGGCACGAUAAUCUAGACAGACAAAAGCCUGGUCUAUUGGAAUUAACAGGUGUCAGCCAGCAUGGCAGAGCCACGAUGAGUGGCCUAAAUGAUUACGAUUACCAAAGCCUUGUAUACUUAAAAUCUGAUGAUGCACAUAACCUAAAACAACUUCGAACUGUCACAAAAUCUGCAAUACCAAAUGAAAUUCUGGAACACUUUAAGCAUGUAAAAUGUCAUUGCAACAUGGGCUUGUUUCCUGAAAUUGGUCGCGCCUGGCUAACCAUUGAUUCUGAGAUUUACAUAUGGACAUAUAAUCAAGCGCGCGAUGUUGCAUAUUAUGAUGGGUUAAGCCAUUUGAUUGUGAGCGUUGGAUUGGUAAAACCAAAGCCUGACGUCUUUGUGAAAGAUGUUAUGUAUCUCUUAGUUCUGACGACACCUAUAGAGGUAAUUGUGUUGGGUGUCACAUUUGGAGAGAAUUCGUACAAUGAAAUGCAACUAAUGAACAGGCCAAUAUUCGUGAUUGGAACUGACAAUGUAUCAAUCAGCGUCAUAAAAGGAACUGACGAUGGACGCAUUUUUUUAGGCGGUCGUGAUGGUUGUUUAUAUGAGGUGUUCUAUCAGGCUGAAUCUAGCUGGUUUGGAAAACGAUGCAAGAAGAUGAACCUCUCCCAAAAUCUGGUUUCCUACAUGGUCCCCAGUUUUCUCAAAGUGUUUUCGGAAGUUGAUCCCAUCCAGCGAAUAGCAAUCGACAAUGGUCGCAGACUGUUAUAUAUUCUAACGGAGCAUGGAUCUAUUGAGGCUUGGGAUAUCGGAUCGAAUUAUGCAAAUGUGCGAAGGAUGUCUAAGAUCACCCAAAAUGAUAUUACUAACAAAGCAGUUAGUUUGAUUACGACUGUUGACCCAUCUAUUUUUAAAUCUGUAAAAGCGAUAUGUCCCCUUAUCGAAGAUGAAUCAAACAAGAUGCACCUUGUCGCUGUUACGCAGUGCGGCGUGCGUCUGUAUUUCUCCACCACAUCGCUGAAUAUGCAACAGUCUUCUAGCGCAGCAACACCCUGCCCGCAAACCGAAUAUUUCAGCAGUAGUCAGACAACAUCGGCGGAAUCGAUCGCCCCAAGGGGACUCUAUUUACUGCAUGUUCGACUUCCCCCGGGGUACACACCUAAUGCAACCACUAAUAAACCUAAGGAGGUACAUGCAGCACACUACUCGGAGGAUACAAUGUUAAUGAUUACGACGCAACAGCAAGAUCAGGACCUAUUGUGGUCGGUUAGCUCUGUUCCGUCCGUUAAUCAUACGUAUCUCGUGGAAUCAACAGCCCUGGAAAGCUUGGAUGGCAUUGUUUGGGACUUAGCUGAGGUACAUGAUCCCUCAAGGCCUCUCCUUAAUUCACCUUUAUACAAGGCACGUAACCCGCGACGAGUCGCUUUGCUAACAAACCAAGGCACUCAUAUUAUAGAGUUGCUAAAAUCGCCAGACAUACUGCUUCAGAUCUUGCUAGCGUGCAAUGGCCCCCAUCAUGAGGAAGUUAAAAUGUUUUUCCAAUCUCAAAAUAAACGUGAGGCCUGCGCUACGUGUUUAUUGUUGGCUACUUCUGAAAAAUAUCGUGGUGGCGACAUAGCGCUGUGGGCCACCCAGGCUUUUAUGCUGUAUGGCGGGGAACCAUGUUUUCAAAAUCAAAAGUUUAUGAAUGCUAAUAAUCGUACCAUACCCAAUCAAACAUUGGCUUCGAAUGCAGCGAUAGUAACAGAGCGGCUGCCCAUGUUCAUGUCGACACCAAUGCCAAAUAAAUCAACUUUCUCUUCAACGCAAAACUCUAUAUUUCAAUGCAGCCAGCCUACUAGUCAACCUGGAAUGCUGCAGUCGUCCCAGGCACUUAGUCAUGAAAAUGCAGGAAUAGUAUUUUCGUCAAAACAUGACGGGCUAUAUCUAUAUGUCUCGCGGAUGUUGCGAUCUAUUUGGCAAUUGCAUUGUGUCGAUGUAAAUUUCUGUACCAAAUUGGGUCGAAGCGAUUGUGCUUCUUUAUUGUCCGAUCUACGUUCAUUGCGUAGUUUUCUGGAAGUCCAUUCUGUGCAUGAUAUUUCCUCCUCUACCCGAGUGCCUUUCGAAAGUCAAUUUGACAGAACGAAUGGAUACACUACAAUAAUGAUGUCCAAUAGUCAUUUGCCCAUGUCCGACCAACGGAACAUGACGGAGCAGGCUCAGGUUGAGGAAAAACGGUCGCUUUCAGCUUUGAACCUUUUUGUCAAGCACGCCUGUGAGGUCAUAUCCCUGUGGAGCAUUCUGAAUUCGCAUUCCUUUCAACACCUUUGUCUCCAGCUUAGUCCCGAGCACCAGAAGAUGUUGAGAUGCUGUACUUUUCGAGACUUGAUGCUUAAACGAUCCGAGGUGUGCGCAUUUUUAAUAAUUUCGCUUAUUAAUCUGUACCUCAAGGAUAAAACUGGUGUGUCGGAAGUAUCAAAAAAUUUACGAGAGCUAUGCCCGAAUCUCUAUAGGCAUGAGGAUGCUGUCACAUACAAGGCCACUGAGCUUCUAAUGAGUGCUAAAAACUGCACUUCUCCUGUGGAGAAGGAGCAAAAGCUGAGAACGACGUUGCAAAUGUGCAAGGAAGCGGCACCCACGUUACCGUUGCAUAGCAUUUGUCAACUUUUUAUUUCCGUCGACUUUUUCGAAGGCGUAGUUGAACUGGCAGCCAUCUGUGCAGCAAAGAGCGAUCCUGAAGAAGUUGGUGUUCACUUCUAUAACAACGACGAGCCAUCUGAAGACCGUGAAGGGUAUACCUGUUUUGUCACGCGGAUGAACUAUUACAAAGAGGUGCAACUUAUGCUAGAUCACGUCUACCUGGCGGCCUGCGAUAAUAUAUCUAUUCAGGAUCAAACUCUACCAUAUUAUCUCUGUAAUAAUUCCGGAUCUAGUGCAGAUCCUGGGGAAAGCUGUAAUGCUGAUAGUAAAUCGAAGCCAUCAAUUUCCAAAAUUGCUGCACAGACUCUCCAAAUAAAAGACCCUUUAGUCCAUGUGACUCUUUACGAAUGGUUGCUUGCUCAUGACAUGCUUACUGAACUUUUGGAAGUGGUUGAGCCAACUUUGGGAGAGUUUUUGCGGCGAAGUGUAACACGUAACCCGGAUAAUGUUAUUUUAAUUGAUUUGCUUUGGAAGUACUAUGAGAAGAAUGGAUAUCAUUCCCAGGCAGCACAAAUUUUAGAUAAUUUGGCAAUGACACGCAGUGAAAAUAUAACUCUGGAACAACGCAUUGAGUAUUUGGUGCGGGCUGUCAUGUGUAUGCGCAAUGGGAACGUUGGCUCAUCUGUAACCAAUGGGAUAUUCUUAAAGGAACUAGAAGACAAGCUGGAAAUAGCUCGAGUUCAAAAAGCGGUGCUUGUUGAUAUGACUGCGUUGGCGCAAGAAAAGCCAGACGCCACAACGGCCGUUAAGGAAUUAAAUUACGCGCUAUACGAUAUCACACAAUUAUACCAGCAUUUUGCUGAGCCCUUUAAUCUUUGGGAGUGCCAAUUGUCAAUACUUAAUUGCUCCCAUCACAACGAUCCCUUGCUUAUAGAGUCGGUGUGGGGUAACAUAAUCAGCAGCUUAGUAGAAGACUCAGGUUCGAAUCAGGACCGCACCAACCGGUUGUUCAGCAAAAUCGAAUUAUUAGUACGAGAAUAUAGUGAAUCGGGUGCUUGCUUCCCAUUCGCGUUUUUGAUAAGGGAACUGGAAAUUAGAGCUUGUCAGCUGCGAAUGCCCGAAGGAACGGUCCCAGAAAAACUCGUAACCAUGAACCUAGACCAUGAGCUUCUUCUUGAAUACUACUCAAGAAUGAUUUCAAUGAAUGAACGUGUCUGGGCAAAUGAAGGCAACGAGUGGCACUUAAUACAAUCCGCCAUUCGUGUGGUGUCUCUACUUGCGGACAACGCGCAUGCCAUUUGGUACCGCUCAAAGAGACGAAUUAUUGGGAAGGCUCAGGACAUAGUGGCUGCCUGCUUGAAUAUAUGUUAUCAAAAGCCAGACACAAAUCGAUUACAGCAGUGUCUUAAAGAGCUACAAUGCAGAUUGCAACGUCUGUUGGGUUAAUGCUAGAAUAUAAGAUAAGAGCAAAAUUAAGAAAAAAUUUCAUAGAUUUUAAGUUUGACUGAGAUAUAUCUUGUAUUUGUAUUAAAAGUGAUAAAUAAAUUUGUUUACUCUUUA